GGGGUGAUACAAGCGGGAGGCUUCCAGAGAAUAUGGAGCAUCAAUGAGGAAUGGGGGAGAAUCCAGUUUUUCAAUUUUGACCCGGAUCCUACAGUCCGUCAUACAGUGUGGAAUCUGAUCAUAGGAACGGCUCUGACCAACGUUGGAACUUUCGGCGUCAACCAGGCAAGUGUACAGCGCUACAGUAGCCUGCCAACACUUGCUAGUGCCAAGCUAUCAGUGACGUUAAAUAUCCUAGGCCUGAUUGUUAUCUAUGUGCCUGUCUGUCUGGUCGGAGUGGUUCUGUUCGCCUACUAUGCUGGCAAAGACUGCGAUCCCUUGGCAUCGAAACUCGUCGACAACUCAAAUCAGCUGGUUCCCUACUUUGUGAUGGAAAUCCUAAACUACCCCGGCGUCCCGGGACUGUUUGUGUCAAGUCUAUUCUCUGGAGCUCUUAG